UUUGCUCAGAGGAACCUUCAAUCUUUAACGAAGGUUGAAGAUGCUCAGACAUCUUUAACGAAGGUUUUGCUCAUCAAUAACGCCGACAAGACAUCUUUAACGAAGGUUGAAGAUGCUCAGGACACGUCCGUGUUCUCUCCUAUUCGCGUGUUCGACAAGUUGCUCAUCAAUGGGUUCGAUUGCUCCACCAACUCCAUUUCCACUUAAAAAACCAGGAAAGGAACUGGUACUAUUAGUGCAGCAGGUGGUAGAGGAUGGGGUGGAGGUGGAGGUGGAAGAAUAUCUCUGGACUGCUACAGCAUACAAGAUGUAAAGAUCACUGUGCAUGGAAAUGGACUUCCUUGGUGUUUCCCUGAUGGUCCUUCUAGCCAUGUUGCAGACAGUUCAUGGCUUUGGAAGUGGGUGGACUGAUGCCCACGCUACAUUCUAUGGAGGUGGUGAUGCUUCUGGUACAAUAGUUGUUGAAGGUGGAGCUUGUGGGUAUGGAAAUCUAUAUAGUCAAGGUUAUGGAACAAAUACAACUGCACUAAGUACUGCUCUGUUCAACAACGGGUUGAGUUGUGGAGCUUGUUAUGAGAUAAAAUGUGUAAAUGAUCCCAAAUGGUGUUUACCAGGAUCCAUCAUUGUUACUGCAACAAACUUCUGCCCGCCAAACAAUGCAGGAGGGUGGUGCAACCCUCCCCUAAAGCACUUUGAUCUUUCUCAGCCUGUCUUCCAACACAUUGUUCAGUACAAAUCAGGGAUAUCCCUGUUCAAUACAGAAGGUUCAAUCAAUAUGUUAAGUGGAUUUGCAUUGGAAGAUGUGCUGCAUUAUUAGAGAAUUUGAUUAUUUUUUACGGACAAGUACGGAUACACACGA